AUGGCUACAAAAGAGGAAGAUAAACUACUUGAUGUAUUUUGUAAAGGUUUAUUUUUGUAAGUUACUAUUUACAAAUGAAAAUAAUGAGUUUUGAAAUAUGUUCUAGGAGUUUCUUUUACUUUUUUUUAAAAAGUUUUUACUGUUUUGAUCAAAAGAAGGUUUAACGAUUUGAAGGUAAAUUAACUGGCUUUUUGGAGAGUACUUUAGCAACUUUUAAGACUAAAUUUUUAUUGUACUUUAAAUAUUUGCUUGAACUUGUUGUUUCAGGUUAACUGAAAAAUGCGUCGAUGAAGACAAACAAAUUCGCUUUGUACAUAAGUAAGUUUUUUUCUUUCUAUAUGUUUUUUUGCUUUAGGACAAAGAAUUGUUCAGUUGAAGUACGGUUCAUAAAGGUAUUAGACUUUAUUUGUUUUAGGAUGGUAACAGCGGCAGAACAAGAUGUGAAACCUAAUCUACAACAAGUUUUAAUAAAGAAGAUGCUGUUGCACUUCUUACGAUCGCUUCAAUUCGAUUCAGAUGAAGAACUUGAACUUAUUUUGGAGUUAUGGCACAAAUUCGUACGUUUUUAAUAUUUUUUCAUUACUUUUAGGUAUUAAGCCAAAAGAAUGAAACAACUUUUUGUAAAAAUUAAUGAUUUGAUACAACACAAGUUACACGUUAAGAGCAACAAAAUAUAUUGUUACAGUUUUUAAAUUAAUUUUUUAAAUUAAUUUAUUAAUUUUUUAAAAGGUUGAAUCAAUGUUUUUAGUCGAAAACCAGCCGAAAUCUUGGAGCGUUGACAGUUUUUAAGAAUAUCGAAAAGGAUUACAACGAAUUUUGGCAGUAUUACCGACAUCUUGCAGAGAUUUUAAUUGAACACGGUAAAGAAAAAGAUAUCCCGGCUUUGUUGGAGAAAUGUUGUGAAAAUUGUCGGUUAACAAUGGAUGAAAUCAAGGAAAAGUUUGGGUAUGCUUCUUUUUUGUUUUACAUGUUUUUUUCUUUAUAUUCAUAUUACAUUGCUUGAAAUAAACUAUAAACUUUGUAUUUUAUAAUUUUUUAAUUUUAGGCACAAGUUUGAUUCUAUAUUCCCCAAAGAAGCGGAUACGACAUUACUGUUGAUUCAAAGUGUCAAACAUAACCCUAGGAAGUCAGUUCCAUCGAAGCCUGAAAAAGCUGCUAUUCAUAGACGUAGGUCUAGCUUGUAAGUUACUAUUUAUCUAGUUUAACUUGUUGAAGUUGGGCUUGAGCUCUUUGGUUAUUAUAUUGGGUGUUUGGCUUCUUUUAUGAAAAGUGGUUGGACAUAAAAAUUUAUUAUAAUCAAAUUAUUAUUGUUUAGAGCUCCACCAAAGUUGGAUAUGGUUAUGGAGAAGAGCAUUGAGAAUUCGUUACUAGAAGAUGAUAAAGGAGCUAAAGGAUCAGCUGGCCGAAGCGACUUUUACGAAACUUUACCGGCUUCUCAAACUACUCAAGGUAAUCUUUACAACAAAACUUUGAUGGUGUUUAAAAACAGACAAAAGAAGACUUUACGCUAAACUUAAUAAUUAAUACUUGUGCUUAAUUGACUAAAAACUGAUGAUUUUUCAUUUUUAGUUGUGAAUACCCAAUCGCAGCCUAAGAAAACGGAUGAUUUUUCAAUUUUUUGUGAUCAGCCUAGUCCGAAGCCUCAAAAGGUCAAGUCUCCACCAAAGUUGGCCUGCUCUUCGCCAGCACACAAGAAGCCUAAAACUAGUCUACAAGAUUCGGCUUCAUUCGAAAACUUGAGUGAUGAGAAGGAGAAUGUAAGUACUGUUUUGUAAGAUUAGGGUUUGUAAAGAAAAAUCUUAGUUUGUUAGUGUCAGAUCGAAUUUUAGUUUGAAAUAAAUUUAAAAAAUGAACCAAAAAAUUUAAAAAGUUAAUUUUCAGGACAAGCGAAAGUCCCUAGAUGUAAACAGUCCGACUGUUUGUGGAUUUGGUCGCCCCUCCAACUUCGAUAUGCUCUCAAGUACACCAGAAUCGGCUUCAAAAGCGAAAGGUAACAUGAGUAUCAACCUUCCAACACUAGUGUUUGAUCGAGUCGAAUCACCGUUGGAUUUGAGCAAAGAUGUCAUGAAUUUCAAUACUAAGAAGACAGAAGAAAAGAGAAAGGUAAAAUACGGUUUUUAACUUACCAUAAGGUUUAUACAUAGUUUAAUUUAUUAUACUGAAUGGGUGUUAAAGCAUGUAUAUGGUUUUCUAUGUUAUUUUAGACAAGAUUUGUAAUGAAAUUGUUGUAGACACCAUCCCCUCAUUUGGAAAGUGCACUGAACAAACUAACGUUAUGUGGCCCAGGAAAUUCGGAAGAAGUGUUGGAAAGCACGAUAAAUGCAUCGUACGUUAGCUUUUUAAAGUAUUGUAAAAUAGCUAAAUAUUGGAUCUCAAAAUUCAUUUAUAAUACGUUUCUUUCUGGUUUUUAUGUUUUUUUUGGAUUUUAGGUAAUAAUGUGUCUUGUUUUAGCCUCGAGUUUAAUGGCGACAUCAAUCCAUGGGACGAGAACGCUCGAAUGGAAAUGGUCAGGAAAGCCCAUCUUAUUGUAAACCAACAUGACUUUACAAAAGAGAAAGCCCCCAAAUUCGAUGUGAAUUGUAAAGUAACAUUGGGUGGAGAGAACUUUUUCAUUACUCAGUUACUUGGUCAUGGUGGAUUUGCCAAGGUCUUCAAAGCGGCUAACGAUGAGGACAAGUACUAUGCAAUCAAGGUAAGAAGAUGGGGCUAAUUGUAAGGGUGAAAAAUCACUUAUUACCUAAUUUCUUGUAUAAUAUUUUUUUUGUUUGCGUACCAAGUUUUAUAAUUUUUUAAAUAUUUUUUGUUCAUUUUUUGAAUGGAUUUUUGUGGAUUUUAAAGUUUAAUGUCAAUAUUUUCAGUUUCAAAAGCCUGCCUGUCCAUACGAAGUUCACAUGAUCGCCACUGUAUGCCGAGCAAUGCCAGAGAAAUUGAAGGAAUUUGUAAUGCAAAUCCAAGAUGCUUUUAUCUUCAGAGAUGCGAGUGCCAUUGUCUAUUCGUAUGGUAAACACGGGACCGCUUUGGUGAGUUAUAGCCUUAAAUAAAAAGUUGUGAGUAGAUAUUAUAUUAUAUCACUUUGAAAAAAUAUGUUAUAUCAUAAUAGCAUGAAUGAUAAGUUUGGUAUGUUUUAUAACUAGAAGUCCUAUCAGAAUAUCAUGAUAUACUCACUAACUUUACUUUAUUUACUAAAUCAGCUUGAUAUAUCUUUUUUUGCAUUUUAGGACCUGGCCAACACUUACAAAAAAAGUAAACGAGAAAUGCACGGUGCUGCAGUAAAUGUGAUCGGAAUUCAACUGGCAAAUGUACUGAAAUACAUUCACAAAGCUGAGAUCAUUCAUGCUGAUAUCAAACCUGAUAACUUGUUGUUGUGCACACCGUAAGUUUUUUCAAAUUUUUAAUUUGCAAAUAGUGUUGAUGAUAUCAAGAACUAUAUUGUUAAGGGGUUUUCUGUACUGUGAUGUUGAAGUUCAUCCGUUUCCUGACUUUAAAGCCAUAUUAUUGUUAUAGUUUUAUCAAGUUAAAGUUUUAUCACUAAUGCUAUGUUGUUUUAGUAUCGACGGUCCAAUCGAGAUCGCCACUCUAAUGGAACGGCCAAUAAUAAAACUGAUCGAUUUUGGCAGAGCCAUCGACAUGAAGUACUUCAAAGGAAAAGAGUUCCGCGGCCGUGCCAAAACCAAAGCCUUUGAUUGUUGUGAGAUGAUUGACGGCAGACCAUGGACGUAUCAAACCGACUUCUACGGUUUUGCGGCCAGUUUGUACCUGCUUAUCACGAACAAUUAUAUGGAAGUCACCAAAAUCUGCGAUAAAUACAAGCCUACGGUCGCGAUUAAACGAAGAUUGGUCAAUAGGUUGGUUCUUUGUUAUUGGAUUUAUACAAAUUUUAUUUUUUUCGAUCUUUGAAGUCGAAAAGUUACAUUAACGUUUCAAUAUCUUAACCAUUUUCAGAAACGUAUUCGUCGAGAUCCUAGAGCAAUUCCUUAACAUACCAUCAUGUUCCCGCCUCCCCAACUGGGAUUCGACGAUUCAGUUCAUGAUGACAAACCUAAAAGAAGCCUUCAACGAGGAACCGAUCCCAUUCCGAAACGGAAUCCAGGGCAUGUACGACAUGAUAUCUCAUACCAAAUCCAAUUAA